AUGCCGCUGAACGCGCUACCAAACAUAUCCUUCUCUGCUCGAUAUCGAACAGCGAUCAAGGUCGGCAUCGCAGUCGGCGGCCUUCUGUUCCUCGCCGCCAUCAUCGCACCACUUCACCCCGUCACUACCGCACGUGACUAUGGUCUCCUCCACCCUCUCGCCGACAACGACCCAAUCCCAAGCAUUGUGCACUUUGUCUACAUCAAAGGCGGCCCAGACGCCUUUAUCAGCUUCAAUUUCUCUGCCUUUUUGGCCGUCUUCGCCUCGAUAUUGUACAUCAACCCCACAAAAGUCUACAUCCACACCGAUUACAACACAAGCGACAUUGAGCGUGCCGCUCAGAAAGGCAGCCGAUGGACUCGCAAACUCAUAAACAGCUGGCCAGAGCUUGUAGUUUUCAACUCUGUCCAAGUUCCUAAUUAUGCCGGCCCCAACGAAAAUCACCGCAUCGAUGCUGUGCAGCACAAGUCCGACUUCAUCCGGUGGGAUACGAUUACCGAGUUUGGAGGAAUCUACAUGGAUUUCGAUGUCAUCACUUUGCGACCGUUGACACCAUUGCUAAACUCUGGUUUCGCUUUCGUCGCUGGCAGACAGUACGGUGGUAAAGACGAGGGAGGCAACAUAAACGGGACUAUCAAUAACGGUGCAUUCCUAACGAAGCCCAAGAGCGCAAUGGCAACUAUCAUCAAACGGGAUCAACAUGCAGGGUUCGACGGCGCUUGGGAGGCAAAUCUCAAGGCCAUGACCAAGACAGCGGAGUAUCUUGUCAGCGUACCAAAUCAAGUUCUCAUCCUUGAUCGCCAUGCCUUCGCGCCUACACAUUGGUUUGCGGACAGUACCGAUCCUCUCUUUAACCCAAAUGAAGGGCUUCCAUCUCCAGAGCCUCUACAAAGCAACUCGACUGAUCCUAUCGAGAUGUACGAUUUGAUCGUUAAGAAUCGACGGGCGAGGAGAGAUUGGGAAAUGGAUUUCUCAGCGUCCUACAUGCUCCAUGCUUUCGCUACUGGUAACUACCAGCGCCAUAUCAACCCUAGAACGAUCUUGACCAGAACGAGUAAUUACGGUGUCGCCACUUAUCCCAUCGUGAGGGCAAUGAUGGCGCAGGGGCUGAUAGAAGGUACGGAGGGUGAACACUAUGGUGAUUCAUAG